UUCUCAACAUAUUUAAGCUCUCAGAUCCUAUACCAUCUUAUCAGCAUAGAAGGGUAGUUUGAGUGUUUUGUUUUUUUCUCAACUAAGCUUCUUUAUACUAUGCCUUCUACCACUCUUCAAUGGCUAAGCCUUGUGGCCAUUAUUUGGCUCCAAGCCAUAAAUGGAACAAACACCAAUUUCCCCGCUUAUUCUUCUCAGCUAAAGCAGCUUCUUUCCAUCUCCCAAAUGCAGCUCAAUAACCUUGCUUUUGCCUCUGAUGCAGGGAAGCUUUUUGGUUGGUUUUCUGGCCUUGCUUCUGUUUACCUUCCCCUUUGGCUAGUCCUCAUGAUUGGUUCAACUCUUGGGCUAAUUGGUUAUGGUGUGCAAUAUCUCUUCAUAACCAACCAAAUUUCCUCUUUGUCAUACUGGCAUGUCUUCUUACUAACUUUUCUUGCUGGCAAUAGCAUUUGUUGGAUUAACACAGUUUGCUAUGUUGUCACCAUAAGAAACUUUCUACCUGAUCGCCAAGUUGCAGUGGGAAUAACCACCAGUUAUCAAGGGCUAAGUGCAAAGAUUUAUACCAACAUUGUUGAUGCUGUUUCUCCUCACAAGGAGGCAAAAACCUUUCUCUUUCUGAACUCUCUCUUACCUGUGAUAGUUGGCCUAGUAACAGCUCCUCUAGUUAGAGAAAUUGAAGUCACAAGCCCAAAGUACUCUGGUGUUGGGUUUGCGGUGACGUUUGUUAUAACAAUUGCCACUGGAAUAUAUGCUGUGUUGAGUAGCUUGCAAUUUGUCACAAGCAAAAUAUCCUCAUUGGGUAUUCUUAUUGGUAUUCUAGUGUCUCUUCUCAUCCCUCUUAUAGUUCCACUUUCAGUGAAGAUCAAGGAACUACAAGGGUCAUGGCAUAAAAAUAGAGAAAAGCUAAGAGUAUACCAUUUUACUAUGGAGGAGAAUACUAAUGAAGAGAGGGCAGAGAAUGAGGUGAAAGAGGGUGAAGAGAGUAGAGAUUCUUUUGAAGAAGAGUUUGGUAUUAUAGAAGAAAUUGGAGUGAAGUUGAUGCUAAGAAGAAUAAAUUUCUGGUUAUAUUUCUUUGUCUAUUUUUUUGGUGCAACAAUUGGUUUAGUAUAUCUUAAUAACUUAGGACAAAUAGCUGAAUCCCGAGGUUGUUCUGGAACUUCAUCUUUGGUGUCUUUAUCUUCAGCAUUUGGGUUCUUUGGCCGUCUCAUGCCAUCUCUUAUGGACUACUUCUACAGGGGAAAGCAUAGAAUUUCAAGACCUGCUUCUAUGUUGGCAGUGAUGGUUCCAACAUCAGGUGCAUUCUUCUUACUUCUCAACAAAAGUAACCUUGCCCUUUACAUAAGCACUGCUAUAAUUGGAGUGUGUACUGGGGCAAUCACUUCCAUUGCUGUUUCCACAACCACUGAGCUAUUUGGCACAAAGCAUUUCUCAGUGAACCAUAAUGUGGUGGUGGCCAACAUUCCAAUUGGGUCCUUUCUAUUUGGCUAUUCAGCUGCACUUAUUUACCGUAAGGAAGGGCAUGAACCUGACCAUGGCAAAUGCAUGGGGAUGGAAUGUUACAAAAGCACUUUUGUCAUAUGGGGUUCCUUUUGUUUCCUUGGAACUUUUUUGGCUUUGAUUCUACAUGCAAGGACUCGCAAGCUUUACUCACAAAAACAAUAGGGCAAAGAUGAUCAAGGCACGUAUGGGACGUAUGGUUCAAUUAAAUGGGGUUGGCAAUUCUCUCACUACUCUCUCGAAUCUCCAUUGCCAUUAUAUCAGUUAAUGUUAUUGACAAUGAUAUGACAAGC